GCCGGCGAAACUACACGGUCGCUUCCAGCGCAAGUCGUGGCAAAAUGCGAGCUAUGACAGCGACUGUUUCCGGCUUUCCACGAAUGUAGCUUUUAAAGAAAAAUUAUAAUCGCAGUCCCUGGCCCGUCAUCUAUGAGCUUCUAGUCGAAGUUCUUCUCGGCGGAGCAGCGUUCAAGCCCGGGAGAGAACGCCACCAUGGGUCUGUGCAAGUGCCCCAGAAAGAAAGUGACCAACCAGUUUUGCUACGAACACCGUGUUAACGUGUGCGAACAUUGCAUGGUGGCCCAGCACCCUACGUGCAUAGUCCAAAGCUACCUCCAGUGGUUGCAGGACAGCGAUUACGACCCCAUAUGCCAGAUCUGCCGCAAGGAGCUCUCCAACGGGACGUGCACACGCCUCCUAUGCUACCAUGUUUUCCACUGGGCUUGCUUGGACGAAUACUGCAAGCGAAUGCCUAAGACGACUGCACCGGCCGGCUAUGGCUGUCCAACGUGUGGAUCGGCUGUCGUCCCAGCUGGCAACAUUGAGUCGCCAGUGGCAGAUGCACUGAAUGUGCUGCUCAAGGCUGCAUCCUGGGCUAAUGCCAGCCCUUCCAUACCGGAGAUCCAGCAGCAGAAGCAGCCUCCGGGACCACAGGGUGACCACCGCCAGGCCAGCGCAAGCCCCGCAAAGUCAUUAGCCCAGUCUGCGCCUCAACCAUGGCGCACACAAAGCGUCGCACCCAGCACGGUACCACCCCAGCACACGAGUAUGGCUCCCGAAAAUAGCGUCAACUACGGCACCACCGCCAACAGCAACAUGACAUCAUCGAGGAAGAUAUUCACUGCAGCUCAGGGCAACUUCGUCACGUCUGCCCCGGACUACGAUGAGGACAAGUACAAACGACGAUCCGGAUUCGAGCUUCUGUCACGGUGGAUCAAAUCACGGACAAUAAUGGCCGGCAGUCAUAGACGAGACCCGCACACGUUCCUCAAGCGCUGGGUCGUCCUGUCCAUCCUCAUCGUCCUCGGACUGUUCACCGUUGUCUAUUUCCUGUUGCACUGGGGUCGUGCAGCAGCGGAGUCGGAUCCGCUGCUAGAUCCCCGGCUCAAUCCGGACAUUAGGGUCAACGACGAGCCUCACGACAUGCAGCCGCGCUGAAGCGAAAAAAGAAAGGCGUUGGCCAUUUGCCAGUGUUUCUGCCGUCGUGGCGGGAUAAUAAAAAAGUUUGGGGGAUUUAGGCAGCAUCGGUCUGCAUUUUGGCCAGGCAUUGUCACCGUGAAUGUGUAUAUAGUGGGUCUUUGUAAGCCUAACUUGGGCGGUGCUUUUUGGGGGCGGGUAGUGGACAGUGCUUUCAACCAGUGCGUGUGGUCAGCAGGUAAUAAAACGCGAUAAUCUGAGCACCGUGGCCUUAGGUGUCGAUUCUGGACCAUGUGAUGGGCACACUGCAGGAUGACUUUUUCACUCCAGAACAGUGCAAGGCAGUGCUUCCAAAACUGCUGUCCUAGGGAUUGCAUGAAAUGCAACUUAUUUCGUUGAGACGCUGAUGUGCGCAUGUGCACAUAUGUAUGUAUGCCACUCUGCCGGAACACACCGAGUGAUUUUUUGUUUUCCAUGAGAAGCGCAGAACUCGCACCUAAAUUUCGUUAUUGAGAUUUAGAGUCCUGGUAAAUUAGUUCAAGAAAGCAAAUGUGCUCAUUGAUGGCUCUUCGAAAUGAAUUCAAUUGUGAGUGUUUAUAUUUUUUUCGUAAGUUUUAUCAUGGACAACAUUAGGAUGCUGCCCUUGCCCUUUAUUAUAAAAUUCACUCGUUCGCAACAGGUUCAGUGAUAGACUGCUUCAAAACUACCCUUGAUGAAUCUGUUGUGGCUUGAGGUGAUUGACAGGGGCACGCGUGGUGCAAUCGAGUUCACACCCACUAAAGUAGUAUGUAGUUGGCUACAAAACUGUGGAACAAUGGGUUCGACGACAAAUGUAAAUUUGUUUUGAUUUACGAAUUUUAAGGGCAACUGCACGCAUCGCCACCCUGCAGUAUGUAGCCGAGGCAACACAUCCUCAUUACGUUUCUUCUGUCACUGACAGCAAACUAACGAGUUCCUUGUGCAAGCAUUUUUGCUAAUGUACAGAUUUGAGCUGGUGAGAAAGUGUAAUUUUACAUGAGCACUUGGAAGGGUUAGGCUUAAAAAGAAAGAAAUAAAAGUUAGGCUUGGCAUUAUAACCAGGAUGACCACAGAUCCAAGGACUGAAAGAAAAAAAAAAUCCCAUAAGUACCCAAGAAGCAAGCAUUUACUAGCCGACUCUUCAAUUUAGAUAGCUUUGUUGUACAUUAAAGGUCUUGAGAAUAUCUGUACUAAUAUAUUCCAGUAAAAUUUUUGGCGUGUUGAAUUUCCUGAAACGUGCUAGUUAUCUUCUGUUUAGGGCCCUGCUCAUCAAUAAGGGCUUCAUGUUCACGCACGAAAAAGAUUACAAA